AUGCGAUCGUUGCGUAAGUCAUGGGUCCGAGUGCGUCUACUCGAUCUCGCAACCACUGGGUCGGCCGGCCAAGAAGAAGGGAAACCGGCCGACUGCAGGGGUGCAGACGAGCAGAGCUGGGGCGGAGGCAGGGGACCGUCCGAGGGGGCAGAAUGCGACAAGGCCUCCGAGGCCCGCGCUGGCAUCGAUGAGACGCCGGAUAGCCAGAAGAAUCAGACCCCAGUCGAAGAUCGGAUCCAGGACCAGGAGAUUACCAACUUUGACGCGGGAGCCAUCGAUACAAUCCUGGAUAUCGACGGCACAUCUGGAUUCCCGUUUAAUCUCCCCAACCUUUCCGAUUUCCAAGAGGGUCCCCAAAGUCCAGGGCUCGGGUUUAACUUUUGCAUACAGAAUUACACUCCCUCCUUCGGUUUGAUAUCCGACGAGGCUCCCAUGCACCAACCCGUGGAUGGAGAUCCAAGUUCUCUCCGCAUAGCUGCGCCGGAAAUCUAUUCCCGGUCACCCUUUAAAUUUGAUGCGAUUUAUCCUUUUUGCCUUGCACCGGACGCAAGACAGGUCUCAGGAACAAUCCAGGGACCGUGGCGAAUCAUGGAAUUGCCUUCCAAUGAAGUCGCCCACGACCAACUGGACAGCAGUUCCGGUCAAUCUCCUUCACCGGAAGAGAUUGAUUAUGAGUCUCUGUCGGAAGAUUCAUCUUCCACUCGCUGUGACUGCUUUAACUAA